AAAAUGUCUGCGUAUCAAUCGUCUUCCACGAUACGAAACACAGUAUAAGCGAUUGAUGAUAGAAGAAGCAUGGGAUAAGUUAAACUUUACCAAAGAAUUUGAAAUUGGAGACUUUCUUGAAGCGAUAGCAAAUCUUAAAGGUGAUGUCUCUUACCACAUUAAAAAGAUUCUUGAUAGUGACAUAGCCACAUUACCAAAAAGCAAAGUAGUGACAGAACAGCAAGAAGAAGAAGAACAACUAGAAGAAACAGACGAUGAAGAAGCACAAGAUGAAGAACAAGAAAUAUCAGAAGAAAAUCAAGAAGAUGAACUAGAAGAAUAUCAAGAGGUCGAUGUAGAUGAAGAUGAUGAAAUUGAAUUAAGCUUGGAUGGCAGAUCUAAAAAUCAACGCUACGUACCUCUUCCUCGCUUACGGAAAAUAGAAGAAGAUAUUGACUUCAAUGAAAAUGUUUUCAUUGAUCCACUGACGCGCCGAUUAAAUCGGCAACGGGAAAGAUUUAUAAUAAAGAGAGAAAAAUUGAGUGAAUCAGAAGAAAGUGGAAGAAGAAAUUCAGUCAUGGGAUCAGAUAAAUCUCCAACUCAAACUGAUGAAUGUUCGCCUCCACAAAGACGUCGAACUGUUAAUCAAUCAAAUACUAUUUCUGAUGAAGAAGAAUCUAGAUAA